AUGAAAAUUAAGCUGCCAUCUUUGAUUUUUACAGCAAUGGAAAUGCUGGGGAGAGAAAAGCAAUUGUACCAAGGGGGCAAGCAACAGUCAAAAGAAAGGAGAGGCCCCCUUUCCAUCCACUCUAGUGCUACAUGUAAACCAAACAUGAGCAGUGGAAUAAAGGAUCACAAGCUUGUAAUGUUGACCCCUAUUAAGACACCUGCACCACAGGUUUGUCAAGAAAGGAAACCUGAGAAUCCGGGAGAAAAUCCCCUAGCAAGGCCAAAAAACCAUCCAAACUUCUGUCACAACAAGUCUACAAUCAAACCGGGCUCACAGCUUGGGAAAUUAAGCACUCUCACCAGUUAUAUUAUUGUCUUUACAUCACUUCAUACCUACCCCUUUUCACUUGGUCCAUCCAAAUCUCCAACCAGAAUACUGUAUGCCCUCAAAACUUUCGAUUUACAUUCAGUA